AUGCGGUGCGGGAAGAUGGCGGCACCGCCGCCGCCGGCAGCCGGGGCGCCGGGCGCCUGGGGCGGCGUGCGGCGGCGCUGCCAGCGGCUGCUCUACUGGGUGCCGGUGCUCUUCAUCUCCAGCAUCCUCUGCUGGUCCUACUACGCCUAUGUCACCCAGCUCUGCCUGCUGACAAUGACAAAUAUCGGAGAAAAAGUUGUGUGCCUGGUUGCUUACCACAUAUUUUUCAUGCUGUUCAUCUGGUCAUAUUGGAAAACAAUCUUUACGCUACCAAUGAAUCCUUCAAAAGAAUUUCAUCUAUCAUAUUCAGACAAGGAGUCCCUAGAGAGAGAACCUAGAGGUGAAUCCCAGCAAGAAGUCCUGAGACGGGCAGCUAAGGACCUUCCUAUCUAUACACGGACAAUGUCUGGAGCAAUCAGAUACUGUGACAGAUGCCAUCUUGUAAAACCAGAUCGUUGCCAUCACUGUUCAGUAUGCGACAAAUGCAUUUUGAAGAUGGAUCAUCACUGCCCUUGGGUGAACAACUGUGUAGGAUUCUCCAAUUACAAAUUUUUUCUUCUCUUCUUGGCUUACUCGCUACUGUAUUGCCUUUUCAUUGCUGCAACAGAUUUGCAGUACUUUAUAAAGUUUUGGACAAAUGGCCUUCCUGAUACUCAAGCCAAGUUCCACAUCAUGUUUUUAUUCUUUGCUGCAGCUAUGUUUUCUGUCAGUUUGUCUUCUCUCUUUGGGUAUCACUGUUGGCUUGUCAGCAAGAAUAAAUCUACAUUAGAGGUGUUCAGAGCUCCCAUAUUUCGUCACAGAACAGAUAAGAAUGGCUUUAGCCUGGGCUUCAGCAAAAACCUAAGGCAGGUGUUUGGUGAUGAGAAGAAAUACUGGCUGCUGCCUGUGUUUUCAAGUUUAGGGGAUGGUUGCUCCUUUCCAACUUGCCUUGUUAAUCAGGAUCCUGAGCAAGCUUCCACGCCUGGUGGACUUAAUUCAACAUCCAAAAAUGAGAGCCAUCUGUUUCCUGCAAAGCCGUUGCGUGAUUCCCAGAGCCACCUACUUACAGAUACACCAUCUUGGUCAGAAACUACUGCCAAGGCUGAAAAGGGCAAAGUUGGUAUGAGCAAUCCUGCAUUAACCAUGGAAAAUGAAACCUAAUUUCCCUUAAAAGAAACACCUGAAUAUGUAAGGAAAGUGUAAGAACAAGCUAUUGUUGGAAGGAAGAUGCAUUCUUCCCUAUUGGCCAGCUGCUCCUGUCUGCUCCUCUAUGGAUGUGCUCAGAAAACAAACUGACAGAUGAUUAGAUGUCUCCAUGUCACUGCUUGAAACACAAAACUAAACAUAGUACUUCUGAACCAUAUAAAGGAUGUUUCAAUUUAAAAUUACUGGGUUUGAAUGGUGAAGGAUGAUUGAGUAUUAGAAAGUGGAAAAAAAGAAGAAUCUGUGUUUACAAUUGUAAAAAUUCAAUGGCUGGUUUUAUUUUGAUAUUCAGCACAAGAAAAAUGUGACCUCUUUCCUAUCAGUUCGUGUUCUUGGCUUAGUUUUGAAAAUUCAUCUUUUAAUUCAAAUUGUUGUAAGUAGUUGACUUUAAAAUCAAAUAUUUUGCACUACUGGCUUUAUGAAUAGGGAGAACAGCAGGUGUUGAUGAGGAAUAGUUUAGUGGCUUGGUGGACUGUAUUUUCUUUUGACCCCUUGAUGAGAAAUUUUUGAAGAUAAGAAGACCUAAGUGAAGUGUCUGACUAUUUUUUGAACAUUUUUUGGAAAACGUUGUAAAAGCUCUGUUUUCCCUCAGAUCUGCCCUACCAAUAGUUUGAAAAGUUGUUGAGAGGGAAAAAAAUCUUUGUUUAAUUGAAUGCUACAGUGGGCCACUGCUCAGUGAUGUGAUAGAAAGCCUGUGUUCAGAGGGGUAAUACAAAAAUGAAACCAGCCAGCUAGGGAUUUUGGUGGAAGCUUCACAGAAUAGUCCUAUGAAAUGGGAUUUUAUUGUCCCAUUUGGAGCUCUUACCCCUUUGGGAAUCAUAUGUUGGCCCUGAACUGUGAUCCAAAAGGCUUUUUACCAAUCUGUGUUAAUUACUGAGGGCCACUGUCUUUCAAACUCCUAAUUUCUGAUUAAUCAAUAUUCGUCUCACAUUUAUUUUUUCACUUUUUCUCCAAGACACUGCCUUUCUUACUGCAUAACUGCAGUACUGUUAUAACUUGUGAUAUUUGCAUUUACAGGACAAUGGACUUUUGAUUGCAAUACCAAAAAGCCAAGCUGCUGCACAUAGGAAAUUCCAUUCAAUUAAGUUAGGAGCUAGCAGCUUUCUUCAGAUCAGAGCUUACUGACCAGAAUAAAAGAGGCA